GCGAGCUGUCAGCCUGCACCCAGACCCCGCUUUGCAUCAGCAUUUAUAAUGGUGUUAAUAUGCAAAAAAAGGGUUUUUAAUUUAUAAGGGGGGGGGGGUCCGCACUCAGUGGCUUGCUAUGUGAAAGGGGUCACCGGUACAAAAGUUUGAGGGCCACUGCUGUAAUGCUACUAGAUAGCAGACGAAUGCCUUGGUGCUCGGGUUUGCAACAGCAGCAAGCACUUGAAGAUGACUGAAGUUUUGCAGCAAGAAUUGAUGCAGACUUGUGCAGCUGCUUAUUGUUUUUAUGUCUGUAGCAAUAUAUUAGGCUAAUAAAGCUAUGCCCGAGAGGGGAAUGGGGGGGGGGGUCCAGUGGUUAGGACACAAGCCUAGAACAUUGGAAACCUUGCUUCAUGUUCCUGCUCUAUUACAAACUUCCUGUUUGACAUUGACAGGUUUCAGAGUAGCCAUAAGUACUCCUUUUCUGUUUGACAUUGAGUCCAUCACUUAGCUGCUCUGUGCCUCACUUCCCCAUCUGGAAAACUGGGAUGAUAAUAAUAAUAAUAGCUAGUUCUUAUCUAGCGCUUUUCAUCAGUAGAUCUCAAAGCAAAGGAAGUCAUUAUCAUUAGCCCCCAUUCUACAAAUGGGGAAACAGGCAUGGAAGGAGGAAGUGACUAGGCCAAGGUCAUCCAGUAGGCCAACGGGAGAGCCCAGAAUAGAAAGAAGGACUUUCCUAUCUCAGGGGAGUAUUGUGACAAUAAAUACGUUACAGUUUGUAAGGUGCUCAGUAUGACAAUGGGGGCCAUAUAAGAACCUAAAAUAGACUAUAUUCAGUGUGAACAAGUUCUGCCAGUUGAGUUUAUUACUGUAAAUAUAUAUAUACUUACACAAAAAUAUGUAUAUUUAUUUCCUUCAUGGAGUUCAUCAAUAAUAUAUCAUGUAGACAGGUAAUACUCAAUAUGGCAACUUUAUUGCAAAUCUAUGAAAUACUCUCUCAUAUGACAUGGCACAACCUAUGGCUUCUUAAAUCUGUUGAUACAAUCAGAAAUGCUUGCAUUAAAUAGAUGAAUAUUUAAAGAAAAUCGUGCAGGGAACAUUCUUAACCAUGACUAUAGGUUAUUGUUAUUGGCCAGAGGUUGAGGAGGGCUGGAGUGAUGAAAUAGAGAACCAGAUCAUUAACUGAUUUAAACUGGCAUAGCAUCUUCUAUUUGAAUGAUGCUAAACCAGUUUCCACCAGCUCAGAAUCUGGCCCAGAGUAUUUUAACUAAAUUUUGAGAGUCAAGCUGGACACUUUCUGUGGCUUACAUAGGACCAUCAGUGAAAGAUUCUGCAGUUUGAAUUUAGCUCAUGCUGUUUGUGAUGCAUGAGCGAGAAUGGAAUCCAGCUCAUUCUCCCAUGAGCAUAUUAGGCUAAUAUUAAAAACUUAUUUUAGUCAGCAAGAAGCAGCUAUGACUUGGAACACAGGCAGGGAGUAGAUGUUGAAGUUAAGUGUAAAGUUUCCAUUUGUAAAUAGUCCUUUUUUCUGAUCAUAAGCAUGUUUUAAAAUUGUAAAUAUUAGUGGGGUAUUAAUCCAUAUUGCAUAACUGGCCCUUUAUCUCCUUUUUCAAGGGGUAGCCAUUCCGAGGGAGGAGACUGAGUGGUAGAAUGGCCUUUGUGGUGGAGAUGGUGCCGAUCUUUAAGUUCAGCAUCUGGAGAGCUGCAAGAGUUUCAUUUGCUUUUAGUUGCAACAGUCAUUUUCUGGCAGUCAAACAUUUUUCGACUCAGGAGAAGGAGCCCUCGCAAUCUCCAUCACCCCCAGGAUUUGGAAAUGAAGAAAAUUCACACCACCAUGGCAGCCACCAUCUUCCAAUGUCGGGACUUGGGGAUGCUGCACGAGUGAUCCCCAAAUCACAUCCUCCUCACAAAAGUUAUAAAGGUCUCGCCCCUCAGAAGAAUUUGCGGUGGCAGUGGAAGUCUAACAUGAGAAGCACUGAGCAGGCUGCAUCUUCCAAUGAGGAAUUUAGGAACCUGAGAGAGGAUGACUUUUCAAAAGAGCGGAAAAGACCAGUACCAAAGCCUACAUCCAUUGAAAGGACCAAAGGUUCGGAGAUCCUGUUUGGCAUUGCGCCCUGCUCCCUGGCUUUGUCUCAGUCAAAGAGGGUCUUUUUCAAGUUAUUCCUCAAGUCGGGCAGCAGCUGCGCACGGCCUGUGAUGGAAGAGUUUGCCCAACGAGCUAAGGCCUGCGGGGUCCCCGUGCACCAUGUCAGAAGGCAGGUGCUGGAUGCCCUUUGUAAAGGUCAAGUCCACCAGGGAGUUUGCUUAGAGGCUACUCCUCUCCAUUUUAGGAGCUUGGAAGAAGCUGAAGCUUCCCAUGUUGGGGUUGCCACUGGACUGGGCACACAGCUGAUUUGGCUGGUGCUGGAGCAGAUACAGGAUCCUAUGAAUCUGGGUGCAGUGCUGCGUUCCGCGCACUUCUUAGGAGUUGACAGAGUGGUGACCAGCCAAAAGGACAGCUGCCCCCUUACUCCUACAGUGAGCAAAGCAAGCGCUGGAGCCGUGGAAGUUUUGGAAGUAUACAGCACAGAUAAUCUCCAGAGAUUUCUGAAGGCUAAAACUGAAGAAGGCUGGGAAGUCAUAGGAACAGUCAUCAAAUCUGAGGUCGAGGAUAAGGUCCCUGUCAUCAGCUGCUUAGAAUUUCACUGGAAUAAACCCACUCUUUUAGUAUUAGGGAAUGAAGGGUAUGGGCUAUCUUCGGUGACGCAAAGUUUGUGCCACAGGAUGCUAAUCAUCCCUCCUGGAAGAACAUUGCAGCCUGGGAUCGAAUCAUUAAAUGUGUCUGUUGCUACUGGGAUUCUCUUGCAUUCUAUAUGCAGCCAAAAAAUAAAGUAACAGAAUGUGAUUUUACCAUGAAUUGCGUAGCUCUUUAGAAAUCCAACCCUUUGAGCAGGGAAAACAGUUCAGUGUUGUGUGGUUUCACUGACAAUCGGUAGAGGUAGACACCCUUUUGCACUUUCCAGAGUCUUUGUACAGCUGUGAGCUUCUGAGAAGCUAAAGAGAAAGUAAACACUGAACCUUCUGCUGUGAAAUGUUCAACUGAAACUUUAGAAGAUUCCAGAUACCAUUCCAGGUUAUUUCCAAUGACCUGCACUCCAGGUUGUCUCUGCACAAUGUUCCACCUGAGCAUUGGAUGCUCUUGUUUCAUCAAGCUGUGUUUACAGACUGCAAAAGCUCCAGGAACCUGAUGAAUACAUAAACUCCCAAGAGACAAGAUUAAAAGAAAAUGUGACAGAGAGAAAGUUAGAUUUUAAAAACAGGGAGCCAAAUCUCUCUGCGUUUACUGAUGCAAAACAGUCAUUAAAGUAAAUGAACCUUGGUUGUUUUUUUUUACACUACACCCCUUUACAGAACUCAUUUCGAGUGAAAUCUUUGCUGCAAUAAGGACUACAGAAUCGGGCCUAUUCUGUAUUUUUUUCAGAGUGUGAUGGCGUUUCCCAUUCCACAUCACUGUUUGGACAUCUGAAAACAUUGCAUUGAAUCUGACUGUAAAAUAGGUCCUUAAACUCAAUCGUGUGACAGAUGUGACCUAUAAUGAAACUCAGUUGAGGGGAAAAAAAGUAACCCAUUGAAAUAAAACUGUCUAAAGAUUUGUCAUA